UUCUUCUUCCCGAAAGCCCCAAGCCCCCCGACAGCCUCCUCUUGAAAAACCCGUGAGAAGCUUGUGUUUUUCCCCUUGUUUUCUUGUCCAAAAACCAGAUUUGGGGCUUAGAAUCUUCCCUCUCAACCCAGAAAAUCCCGGUUCUGCUCUGCUCUUCUCCCCUGUCCGCCGGCUGCUAGUGGGUAUGGGUGAUUUCUGGGCAUUUUUCGGAUAUCUUCUUCCAUGCCGCCGGCUCUUCCCCAACCUGCAGUCCGGUUUUUGCUUGCAAAUUCUGGUUCUUGAUCGUCCUGUCAGUUUAGUACGUGAAUUGAGUGCUCGGUUUUAUGCAAGUGAGGUAAGUAAAUUUAUGGUAAUGCCCGUACUGUUUUAAAAGCAUGUUUUGAUUUGUUUUUGAAGUGGUGGCGGGACUAAACCUGUUUUACACAAGUAUGACUGAUUUGAAGUGAAAUGUUUUGUGUUUUUCAUGAAAUUGAGCAUGCCUACUUGAAAUUUAAGUGAUUGUCCUGAUGAUCUGAAAGUGAUUGUGAAUUGUGAUUUUCCUGUUAACUUCUGCCUGUUUUGUCUCCGAUGUGGUCAUGUUAUUUGUGACCCUGCUAGUGGGGGAGGUUAUAAACGCUAGCACAUGUUGACAUGUAGUGAAAGAGCCGGUUCGUUCAACCCAGCUAGUGGGGGUUAUACACCAGCAAAUCGUGGCCCUGCUAGUGGGGAUUAUACACUGGCCGUGACCUAUAGAGGAGACGUCUAUUUCGUUCCCGUACUUGUAUCCAUUUUUCGUGAUUGUACUUGUUGGCAUGCUUUAAGUUUGAUAAGGGGCACUCCAUAUUUACUUACUGAGUUUAUCUCAUAGUUUUCCUUGUCCACCAUUUCAGGAAGUGAAACCGAGGACAGGGAAACCACGGGAAGUGACGAGUUAGAAGGCUAGCCAUAUGGUAAUUGGAUAUGAAUUUUAGAAACAAAUCAUGAUCUUGUAUUUAGAGAUUUUAUUGGAGACUUAUGAUAUCAGAGUUUAUAAAAUUGAUCUUAGAUUUUGGUGGUAUCAGGGUGUGAUAUGAUAAGUUCCAAGCCUUGUGCACUUGUGGGACCCGUCUCACGAGUGUAUGGCGUCUGCCGCGCCUCGAAUUUGGGUUUUGGGGCGUGACAGGUUUAGUUUGUAGAGAUUACAUAAUUCUA